AAGGGGACCUAAGGGAUCCGUACUCUCGAGGUAGUUCCGUGAGGCGCAAAUCCUGGGCUGGCCCAAGUAUCUACUCCAUACUGCAACUACUUGUCAGUGCUCAAUCAGCAUAUAAGGCACAGUGGACAAAGUGGACUUAACAGCACAGGGAUAGGAAAUCCUGUAAAACGACCCCUAUGAACAUCGCCCCGGGUUCUUGAUUACUUGGUGCCUUUUGGAAGCAACGUCCUGGAUUUGCUUUCUUAUCUGCUUGGUACCAAAUUAGGCGCUCCGAAAUCUCCAAAUCCGCGACCAGUGUACAGUCCACGGAUAAGGAUACAUCACCUCUAGCGAGCGCAUUAAGACCCUUUCUCACGUCCACUUGUCCAAUUGAACUCCAACGGGUGAACAGAAAGUAGGAGGGCAGAAUGCCGGAACCAAGGAUUGCUUGCAUUGGAGUAAUUGGGAAAGCUGACAAUCCACUGCAUAUCUCGUUAUUUCCCCCAUAUGGAAACCAUAACAUCGAUUUCUCCUUUAUUUUAAAUUCAUGUCUGGACAUUUUUGAAAUACGCCAAAAGCAGACGUCGAUAGACCAAGACCUAGGACUUCUCUAUGCCAUGGAUGAGCGCCUCGCAGCUUACGGUUGGCUGACAACUACUGGUGUGAAAUUCCUAGUUAUAAUCGACCUAUUAGGCCAAUCAAGAAACUCUGAAAUGGAAGGCACCAAGGGAAUCAACGGGCCUACCGUUAAAGAAUCGGAUCUCAAACCUGUGUUUCGGUGUUUGCAGACCGCGUACAUUCGGCUGCUACAAAAUCCGUUCUAUCUCCCAGAUGCUCACAAUCCUAUUUCCAAGUCAGCUUUCGCGGCGCCUGAUGUCUUACAGAUCACCGAUAAGAAGUUUGUCGCGGAAGUUAAACGGAUUGGUGAAUCUUGGGUGCCAGGCGUUAGCUCUCUAUAAUGUACAAUUCACGUUGCAGGGCCAACAAAUGUAUAAUCUAGAUCAAUUUUCGAGCAUGAGAAAUUGUCUAUAGAUUAGAGGGGUUGCUUGUUUAUCUAGCUAAGCAAUGGACCGGUGCACCAACAUUGAAUAC